AUGCUAUCAACAAGAGAAAUCCACAAGCAUAACAACAGCCACUCUUGUUGGGUGGUGGUUGAUGGUCAAGCCUACGAUGUGACUGAGUUCUUGGACCACCAUCCCGGCGGGGCGAACAGCAUUCUGAGAUAUGCCGGACGAGACGCUACAGCAGAAUACGAGCCAGUCCAUCCACCUGGGACGAUUGAGAAGCACCUGUCGAAGGACAAGCACCUUGGACCUGUUGAGCCAGAGACGCAAGGCGAUUCAGCAUCGACUCCGAUAGUACAAUACGACUCAGACAAGCCCAUACCACUCUCGACAGUGCAGAACCUGACCGAGUUCGAGACCGAAGCGAAGAAGGUCCUUUCGAAGAAAGCAUGGGUCUACUUCCAUUCCGCAGCCGAUAGCCUCAACUCUCUGGAUACCAAUCGGCGAGACUGGACGCGGGUCAACCUUCGACCAAGAAUCCUGCGAAACGUCGCUCGGGUGUCGAUGCGAUGCCGUCUGAUGGGCCAUGACAGUUCACUACCCUUCUUCAUCUGCCCGGCAGCUCAGGCGCGACUGGGCCAUCCCGAUGGCGAGCUCUGUCUUGCUCGAGGCGCCGGCCGCUACAACAUCCCCUACUGCAGUAGCACUUACUCUUCUGUCGCGCACAUCGAGCUUGCGAAAGCUCUUGCUGCACAGGAGAAAGGCGGUGCAUUGCUCUGGCAGCUCUAUGUGCCCACUGCUCAAGAAGGAGCGAAACAGCUCAUCUCCGAGGCACGACGGCUGGGAUUCAAAGCUCUCGUCCUCACUGUCGACACGCCAGUGAUCGGGAAGCGGGAGGAAGACGACCGCUACAAAGCUGAGCUUGACCAUGCAGCUGGACUGACGGUUGAGCGGACGACCAGCACGACUGGCGAGGCGCCUAUUCUCCGCGGCGUGCACUCGUCGACACUAUGCUGGGACGACUUAUCCUGGAUCCAAAAGGAAUGGGGCAACACCGGGCCCGUUGUGCUGAAAGGCAUACAAACCGCUGAAGAUGCUCUGCUUGCACACGAAGCCGGAAUAGAUGGCAUCUAUCUGAGUAACCAUGGUGGGAGACAGAUGGAUUUUGCUCCCAGCUCGCUGCAGACCCUUCUCGAGAUCCGCCGUUACUACCCACACCUGUUGAAGGAAAUGGAGGUUUAUCUCGACGGCGGCGUCAUGCGAGGGACGGACGUCAUCAAAGCACUCUGUCUAGGUGCAAGAGGCGUGGGGUUGGGGAGACCGUUCAUGUACGCAUUGUCUGCGUAUGGCACGGAGGGGGUCUGCAAGGCCAUACAGCUGCUAAGUGAUGAGAUCGAGACGACAAUGCGGCUUCUCGGGGUGACGUCGCUCGAGCAGCUGAGUGAGUUCUAUAUCAACACCGCGGCGUUGGAGAAUGGCAUCGUAAAGCGGAUUGACGUCGGAGCAUCAGGAAGUAUUGUAAGUAAAUUGUAG